ACGACAUGUUAUUGUUGGUAUCUCGUGGGGGAGGGUUUACCGACGACACAACCGUAUUGAAAUACUAGUCAGCUUACCUCGUAGCUCUAGCUAGCGAGAUAGCUAUCAUUACCCACGAGUCAAAUGCAGCUUUAGGUAAAUAAUGAAUGCAGUCUUCGCCAAACGGGUUAUGUCAGCAUCCGCAUUAAUUUAGCUUAAGUGUUGACUAGCUGUCCAUGAUAUAUACACUGUCUAACUGAUCUUUUAUCAUGCUCGGCUCUCAGUAGUGUGGCGUUAUGGCUGAACCUGCCAUCGGGACUAGUAUAUAGCUUGAAGCGAUUUAGCAAGCCAUGUUGGCUAACAAGUAACCCGGCCAUCAAGAUUUUAGGAGAUUGAUUGUGACCCCACCGAAUUUGCCUGAAGAAAACCGGCGAUAUUUAAUUUAUAAACGUUAUGCCUUGUCCUUUGGCUGUUACUGAUUUAAGAACAGCUUCUGGAUAAUAUGUGUCGGCCGCAAUAAAAGUCAAAUGUCACUGCAGCCUGCUUCUCCGCUCAGGUGGAGCAGAAGUGUCAGCAUGUCUCACAAGCUUCAAGCUAGCGUUUGCUCACAGCUGCUGGGCAUUGCACCUUUCACUGGUGAUUUCGCUUAUUCGCGGUUUUAGGUUUCAUUUGUGCUUCGUGAGAGCACUAUUAGCGUAUGCGUCCUGUGUCUUAUCUCCAAACCCGGGGCUACUUUGUCUGCUAGGCUAUGAUUUCUGCUGUUUCAAUUAACUAGUAGACGUAGUGUAAUUACUGCCCUGUCUCAAUCUAAUGUUAUAGCUUGGCUGUUAAUAAUUAGCGCUACGCCCUUUUCCUGACACGUUUGGAAACAUUCGUUGGAUGAUCGAUGUCAAGAUUUUGAGGGAACGAACGGGCUUCUGCGGCGGUCUCUUUACAGUGAGGGACACCUUGGCCGCGCGUUUUACUGUUGUUGACAUUCGGGUGCGGUCCCUUGGAUUCUGCUUCUGAUCAUAACUAAUUGUAACUUUACCAGAAUACUUUUUUAAGACCGAGAUGGAUGCUGCACAGAAGAAAAUUGGGACAUUUUUUAGGGCCCUGCGGCAGAGGCCAGUUUUGGAUGCCCAACACACACUGCUGGUGUCGUCCGUCAGCAUGAAUCGGAACAAGCGGGAGAAGGAGAAGGAGUACUACAGCCUGGAGGUCGGGGACUCCACCUUCACCGUGCUCAAGCGCUAUCAGAGCCUCAGGCCCAUCGGCUCCGGAGCACAGGGCAUCGUCUGCUCGGCGUAUGACCAUAACCUGGAGCGCAAUGUUGCCAUCAAGAAGCUGAGUCGCCCCUUCCAGAACCAAACACACGCCAAGCGCGCCUACAGAGAACUCGUGCUCAUGAAGUGUGUCAACCACAAAAAUAUCAUCGGUUUAUUAAACGUCUUCACCCCUCAGAAGACACUCGAGGACUUUCAGGAUGUGUAUCUGGUGAUGGAGCUGAUGGAUGCUAACCUGUGUCAGGUGAUUCAGAUGGAGCUGGACCACGAGCGUCUCUCUUACCUGCUCUACCAGAUGUUGUGUGGUAUCAAACACCUGCACGCAGCUGGAAUCAUACACAGGGACCUGAAGCCCAGUAAUAUUGUGGUGAAGUCUGACUGCACGCUGAAGAUUCUGGACUUUGGUUUGGCGCGGACGGCCGCCACCGGGCUCCUGAUGACACCGUACGUGGUGACCCGCUACUACCGUGCCCCCGAGGUCAUCCUGGGCAUGGGUUACCAGGCCAACGUUGAUGUCUGGUCCAUCGGCUGCAUCAUGGCUGAGAUGGUCAGAGGUAGUGUGUUGUUCCCAGGCACUGAUCAUAUUGACCAGUGGAAUAAGGUGAUUGAGCAGCUGGGCACACCCACUCAGGAGUUCAUGAUAAAGCUCAACCAAUCAGUGCGCACCUAUGUGGAGAACCGCCCCCGCUACGCCGGCUACAGCUUUGAGAAGCUCUUCCCUGAUGUGCUCUUCCCUGCCGACUCUGAACACAACAAGCUGAAAGCGAGUCAGGCUAGAGACCUGCUGUCUAAGAUGCUGGUGAUUGACACGUCCAAGCGCAUCUCUGUGGAUGAGGCCCUUCAACACCCCUAUAUCAACGUUUGGUAUGACCCAUCUGAAGUGGAAGCGCCCCCCCCUGCGAUCACAGACAAACAGCUGGACGAGCGAGAGCACACCGUGGACGAGUGGAAAGAUCUGAUCUAUAAGGAGGUGCAGGACUGGGAGGAGAAGACGAAAGGUCCAGUGAUACGAGGGCAGCCCCCCUCCCUAGGUGCAGCAGUGACCGGGGCCCCCCAGCACCCUCCUGCCUCUGCGUCGUCCAUGACCUCCGACCCCACAUUGACCUCCGACCCCACGCUCACCUCCGACCCCACAUUGACCUCCGACCCCACGCUCACCUCCGACCCCACAUUGACCUCCGACCCCACGCUCACCUCCGACCCCACGCUCACCUCCGACCCCGACAGCAGCCUCGAGACCAACACCACGGCAACGGGGCCGCUGGGCUGCCGCAGGUGACCCCGCCCCCUCUCCUGGACCACGCCCACCAGCCUGUCAUUGGCUCUCCUGAGGAGGAAGGGGAGGGGCAGGAGGAGGGGAGGGCUUUGAAGAGCCUAUCAGAAGCCUCCUACCAACGGCUGACAUGAACCGUUUGUUUGUUUUGUUUGUUUGUUUCUCAUGUGUCAUCUGCGUCAGCAUCUUGCCAUAUUCAUGUAGAUGGUUGAGGUCAUUUGGAAGCUUUUAAGGUAAAUAUUUUGAAAUGUC